AUGUCCGCAGACACUGCUCCCGCUCCUCCCAACGGUAACAACAACGGCGAAAUGUAUACACGCAACAGACGGGGAUCCAUCACUCAGGCCGCUCUGACCAAUCUUUUCCAGAGAGGCAACUCGAUUCCCAACGGCAAUGGCUUCCCUGGACAGUCUUCUGGUCCGGUCGACACUGGCCGCCGACGCCUUUCUGUGACCACUCUUGGCCUCUCGGGCACCUCGCCCACAAAUACAUCUUCCUUCAUUCGUCGAGGAAGCAUGUCCACCAACUCCAACAAUUCCGACUCCAUUGACGAGAGUGCUAUCGAGGAUGACGACAUGUACUCCAAGACUGCACCCACUACACCAUUUGUCCGACGAAUGAGCUUUGGUACUGCCAAUAUGCGCAACAUGCGUCCCAACGGCAGCCCUGGAAAUGGUAAUAGCCCAUCCUCUCCUCCAGCUUCUCAGAAUGGGCGCCCCGUCCCAGGUGGGCGGAAGGCGUCGCUCGUGGGCUCCCCUGGUCAAGGGUCAAGCCUCGCGGCAGCUUUGUCUGCUGGACGUCGCCCAAGCCUCGCUUCUUCUGUUUCACAGGCAAGCAACACCAAACAUACAAGAGCCCCAUCUGACAAUUAUGUUCUGCGCCCAGACCAGCAAGGUUUCAACUGGUCCGAGCAGCUUAGGUCUCGUGCCGAGAGCUCCGUCGUAGGUGCUCCUCGCGCUUCCUUCUCGCUCGCCUCCUCCUCUCCGCCACGAGGUUCUAUUCACGAUCGGGCAAAGUCCGUUUCCGAGAUGCCUCAGCCCCCUGUUCAAGCUUCUUCCGUCAAGCAGCAGCAGCCCAAGCAGCCUGAGCGGCCCAAGCCUGAUGCUUUCCAGGAGAGAAUUCUCAAGGGUGAUUUCUACAUGGACUGA